CCGCCCCUCCUCCGAUCGAGAGUAACCCAAACAACACAGAGGAAUUACUGAAGUAUGAGUGCGGAGCUGAAGAGGGACUACGAGAUAGGCGCGGAGAUCGGUCGCGGCCGCUUCGGGGUGGUCCACCGCUGCACGUCCCGCGCCACCGGCGAGGCGUUCGCCGUCAAGUCCGUGGACCGGUCGCAGCUGGCCGACGACCUGGACCGCGAGCUCGCGGAGCUGGAGCCCAAGCUGGCGCAGCUCGCCGGCGCGGGCAACCCCGGCGUGGUGCAGACGCACGCGGUGUACGAGGACGAGACGUGGACCCACACGGUGAUGGACCUGUGCGCGGGCCCGGACCUGCUCGAGUGGGUGCGCCUCCGCCGCGGCGCGCCUGUGCCGGAGCCCCUGGCGGCCGCCAUCGUCGCGCAGGUCGCCCAGGCGCUCGCGCUCUGCCACCGCCGCGGCGUCGCCCACCGCGACGUAAAGCCCGACAACAUCCUCAUCGACACCGCCCCCGCAGGGAGCGACGACGGCGAGGACGAGGAAGAGGACAGCGGCGAGGCCGAGGAGGCCGAGACGGCGCCGCGCGCGCGGCUGGCGGACUUCGGGUCGGCGGCGUGGGUGGGCGCCGGUGGGCUGGGCCGCGCGGAAGGCCUGGUGGGGACGCCCCACUACGUGGCGCCCGAGGUGGUGGGCGGCGGCGAGUACGGCGCGAAGGCGGACGUGUGGAGCGCCGGCGUGGUGAUGUACGCGCUGCUCUCCGGCGGCGCGCUCCCGUUCGGCGGCGAGACCGCGGCGGAGGUGCUAGCGGCCGUGCUGCGGGGCAGCGUCCGGUUCCCGCCCAGGCUGUUCAGCGGGGUGUCCCCCGCGGCCAAGGACCUGUUGAGGCGCAUGAUCUGCCGCGACGAGUGGCGGAGGUUCACCGCCGAGCAAGUCCUCGCUCACCCGUGGAUCGUGAGCGGCGGAGGAGCACGGGCAAUCGAGCGGCCAACCUGAGGAUGAGGAGGGCAUACCAUACCAGCAGAGGAGGAGACCAUAUGGCGGGCGGACGUGUAUUGCCGUAGAGACACAGACACGGCAAGGAAUCCCGACGUCGUUAUGUAUACGGUUUUGUAUGUAUGUAUGUAUGUACGUACGGACCAGAGAGUAGUAGAGUACGGUAGCUGCUGCCGAAUGAUGAGUAGCAUCAUCGAUUCCGCGCUGUGUAGGCGCAGCAGAGCAGAUCGAUCGGCAAAGAAGCUUGUAUAGGCUUCUGGUUUUCCUUACUUCCGGGUUUUUGGGAUGCUCUUUACCUAGCAGUGCAGAGCACCCUUUUUUGGAUGUGCCUGGUAAGUGGUAGCUGGAUGUAUAUACACUGACCGUCUUGUACAAAUGGAGUGGAGUUGGAUAAAUAAAUAAAAUCGAGCCUUUGUACUUCCACUA